UUGUCAAAAAAGUUAAUUAUAAGAUUUGAAUUACCUUCUUUAGAAGUAUUAGGACAAAACAUUUUAAGUAUCUAUAAGAGUGUUCCUCUGCCUCCAUCAUGAAUAUCCGAGUCUUCAAUCAUGGCACCCAUCGAAAUCAUAUCCACCACCACAAUUCAAGCACCAAGUAACAUCAACACCAACUCAACUCAAAAAAUCCACUUGACCCCAUGGGAUCUCUUUUGUCUUCCUGUUGAGAUAGACCAGAAAGGUCUUCUCUUUCACAAUCCCCAAAACACAAAAGACACAUUAAACCAAAUCAACCACCUCAAAAACACCCUUUCCUCAACUCUUGCUUUCUUCCCAUCUCUCACUGGUCGUCUCAUCAUUAAUCAUCACCAAGAAGAUGACAACAACAACAACAAUACAACUUCAUGUUUUAUCCUUUGCAACAACGUUGGUGCACUAUUCAUUCACGCAUUAGCACAAAACACAAGUGUCUCCGACAUUCUUAAACCAAACUAUGUUCCUUCUAUUGUCCACUCUUUCUUUCCGCUCAAUAAAGUCAGAAACUAUGAAGGCACUUCAAAACCGUUGCUAGCUAUUCAAGUCACAGAGCUAGUUGAUGGUAUCUUCAUUGGAGUCUCAAUCAAUCAUGUUGUUGUUGAUGGCAACUCGUUAUGGCAUUUCAUCAAUUCAUGGGCUGAAAUCUCACGUGGUUUUCAUCAACCAUCGAAACUUCCGACACUUAAUCGUUGGUUUUACGAUGGCACAAUUGAAACUCCUAUUAAAUUUUCAUUCGCAAAGGACGAAAAACAAAAUAUUGAAAUUGAAAACUCUGGUUUUGUACCAGAGUUACCUCGUGAGAGGAUUUUCCAUUUCACAAAGGAGAAAAUUGCAAAGCUCAAAUCAAAAGCUAAUGAAGAGGCUAAUACAAACAAAAUAUCUUCGCUACAAGCGCUUUUAACUCACCUUUGGCAAGCUAUGAUUCGUUGUCAGAAUAUCGAUCCGGAAGAAGAAAUCAUGUAUAGUUUACCCAUAGGUGUUAGAGGAAGAACUGUUCCACCUUUGCCAGAGAAUUACUUUGGAAAUGCAUUGGAAGUUGGUGUUGUGAAAGUGAAAGCAAAAGAGUUAUUGGUUGAAGGAGGGUUUGGAAAAGUUGCUUUAGAGAUGAACAAAGUGAUAGGUUCACAUUGUGGUGAUAAUGUGAAAAGAAACUAUGAAUGUUGGGUGAAAAAUCCAGUGUUGUUACAGAGUGGAGCACUUAGUAGUGUUAAGGCUUUGGCAACUAGUAGUUCUCCAAGGUUUGAUGUUUAUGGUAAUGACUUUGGUUGGGGUAAGCCUGUUGCUGUUAGAGGUGGGGGUGGGAAUAGAAGUGAUGGAACAAUUACUCUCUUUAGUGGAUUGGAAGAAGGUAGUAUUGAUGUUGAAGUUUGUCUUUCUUAUCAUAUUUUGGAGGCCAUGGGAAAUCUUCCUCAAUUUAUACAUGUUUUGUAAGAAUUGGGAUAUAAUGUUGAAUUCACGCGUAGACAUUGGGACGUUAAA